AUGGAUACCGAGACGGAACCGCUUCGUGUCAAGGCAACGGGCUUUAAGAGGCGCCACUAUGUGAAGCUCCCGGCGCUCCGCCGGUCCCCCGAGCCCAAACGACCGCCGGGCAGCAUGGCGGAAGCCCCGCUGGUGCCGCGGACGGCCAGCGGAGGCGGCGGCAGCGGAGCAGUGGAUGGGGGGAGCGGAGGCGCGGGGUUGGGGGGAGCCGACAAAGAGGGCGAGCAGGCGUCGCGGAGCGCGUGUCCGUUUGUGGCGCCGACGCUGGCGUUUCUGGUGGCUCGGCGGCGCGCGGUGCUGCUGUGCGCGUCGGCGGCGUGCGCGGCGGUGGCGGCAGGGCUGUUCUGCCUGGUGUACUUCCUCCACCUCGCCUCCUACCAGGUGCCGCGCGCGUGCCGCCUCGCACGCACAAGGGCUCCGUUGGAGGGCGGGCUGGGCAACAGGGCUGGGGCAGGAGGGGGUUGGGCGAAGGGGUUUGGACGAUGCUGGGAGCAGUGUAUCGUGACACUCUGGAUUGCAUUGUCAUGUGUCGGCCGUCUCUGUUGCAUGAUCUUAACGUGUGCGUUGUGGGCGCACGAGUUGGGCAGUGCACUACAAGCAUCGCUGGGAGGGGUGCGCGCGCUGGGAGACACGCUCACAGUGCUGCACGCGGCGGUGGACCAGCAGGCGGCGUUUACGCGCCUGGUGGCCGCCACCGACUACACGCGCCCGCUGCUCGCCUUCCCUCCCCCGGCCCCUCUCGCCGCUGCAGCAGACGCGGGGGCGAGUGGGUGGGGGCAGGGGGCGAGCGCCAUGGGGUAUGCGCUCUCGCUCAACCACUCCUCGCGCGGCGCCGUCCAGAACAGCUUCCUCAACGCCACCUGCAUCUGGUGCGUGUGCGGCCCCCUAUCAUACGCAACCCCAUCCUUUCACAUUCCCCUCCACCCCUCAGUCUCUCCCGCUUUUGCAUCCUCUCUUCUCUUCACAUUCUCUCCUCCCCUCACAUUCUCUCCCUCCUCACCUUGUCGCCUCCCCCCCCCAGUAGCUCCGUGCUGCCCAACCGUCCACGUGCACACCAUUCCCGGACCUCCGCCCUAUGCUCACCCUCCGCCUGCCCUCUGCACUCUGUUUGCUGUCCGCCCUGCAUGCAUGUACGCGUUCAGGAAUGUGAGUGGAGAGUGCGCGCCUCAGCAGCAGCACUACCUGCCGCUGCUCCACUACUCGCCCACCCUCGCCACCAUCCUCUCUCACCUCGCCACCGCCAACAGCAGCAGGAGUGGCGUGGGGGCGGCGUAUGUGGGACUGGACAUGCUUUCUGGUGUGUGUGGUGAAGAGGGGGGAAAGGUUUGGAUCGAGUCGUCUGUGCCGUUGCCUGCCAGCCACCCAUGCCAAAGCGCACACCCGACUCGCUACGAGCUUCAUAGAAAUGCCUCUCCCACAGUCAGCACCAGCAUUGCACAUUUGCUGAAGCACAAACCCUGCACGCCAAAAGUCAGCUCCCCUCCUUUUAACCUGCACCUGCGGAUGCCCACCCCCCUCCCCCUCUUCCAUACAGUCCCCCAGCUGGGCCCCGCGGUUGCCGUCUCAUCGCUCUCCGCCCUCUCGGCCCGCCUGCCCUGCACCCUCUCCCCGCCCUUCGCCCCUCGCUUCCCCUUCCCUGACAACUCCUCCUCCGUGCCCACCUCUUCCCCCUCACCCACCACCAUCAAAUCCUCCUCUUCGACCACCACCAGCAGCGGCAGCAGCAGCAGCAGCGACCAAUCAUGGUCGUUCCCUGCUAAUACAUCUUUCUCGUCGUCAUUGGCAGCAGCAGCAGCAGCAGCAGCAGCAGCAGCAGCAGCAGCAGCAGCAGCAGCAGCAGCAGCAGCAGCAGCUGAGUGGCCAGCGGAGCAGCAGCGGAGAGCAGUGGUGGCAUCAGUGCCCGUGUAUGGACGAGCCGUGCCGCCCAACGCCACGUCAGACGAGAUGCAGGCAGCAGUGAUUGGAUUCGUAUUUGCAGUGGCUGACAUGCAGCUCGCCCUCUCGCAGCUCUCUCAGGUACUUCCAUCCCCGCCUCAUGCCAUGCCUCCUCUCACCCGUGCUCCCACUGCUCCUCUUGUCUCAACAUGGCAGUUUAAGCCGAGCUGCCCAACUUGCACUUCGCAUCCCCCACAUCAUCAUCCAUGUGCUGCCCGCCUCCUGCUCCUGCCCCUCUCUCCCUCUCCCCCCUUUCUCCCCCUGUUGCAGGCGCCAUCCAGCGGCAGCAGCAGCUGUGGGUCAGCGGCGCUGCAGCUGCAGCUGCAGGACACCACCGCCCCCACCACCACGCUCGUCCUCGCCCAGUAUCCCCCGCUGCAGCCCCCCGCCGUGCCUGAGGCGCCCUCGUCCUUCCCUGCAGCGCACGUCGUGCCUCUGCCGGCAGUGGUGUCUCUCCUCACACCUGCAACAUCCCCUCCGCGUCCCUUCCGUUCCCCCUCCUGUUCUUCAAGUUUAUUUUGCCCCUCGUCCCCUGCGCCCUGCACCUUGCCCCCAUGGUCUGUGUCCCGCGUGUCCCGUGCGUGCCCGUGGGCGCAGGUACCAGUCACGGCCGUUCCCGUACAUGGCGGUGGUGUGGCCGUGUGUGGCGGUGGCGGGAGCAGCGCUGGUGGUGGCGGUGGUGUAUGUGGUGGCGGGCGAGGUGGUGCGCGUGGAGGGCGACCUGCAGCGCAUGGCAGCUCUCAAGGAGCAGAUGCGCGCCGCGUCGCUGCCGAGGCCGCCAGCCGCGCCAAGGGCACCUUCCUCGCCACCAUGAGCCAUGAGAUCCGCACUCCCAUGAACGGCGUCAUCGGCAUGCUGAACCUGCUGCUGCAGACGCCGUUGGACGCGGUGCAGCUGGACUACGUGGAGACGGCGCGCACCAGCGGCAGGGCGCUCUGCUCCCUCAUCAACGACAUCCUCGACCUCUCCAAGAUCGAGGCGGGGCGGAUGGAGUUGGAGAGCAUGAGGGUGGACGUGAGGGCGGAGAUAGACGACGUGCUGAGCAUGUUUGUGGAGCGCACGCGCAACAAGCCGCAGGUCGAGGUGGCCGCGCUCGUGCACGACGCCGUGCCCACGUUUGUGCUGGGCGACGCGCUGCGGCUGCGGCAGGUGCUGAUCAACCUGCUGUCCAACAGCUGCAAGUUCACGGCGCGCGGCCACGUGCUCAUCACCGUGCGCACCGCCGCCCCGCACGACCACCUCGCCGUCCCCGGCGCCCACUUUGCCGACGCCCGCUCCCUCGCCCGCACCUCCCUUGCCGACUCCGACCGCGCUGCUCCCAGCACCAGCGCCGCUGCAGUUACUAACACACCCGGUGCCGAUGGUGCGGGUGCAGCAGGAGGCGGGUGGAGCUCCACCCCUGCCCCAGCUGGAGGUGCUGCCGCAAGUGCAGUGAUGACUGCGCCUGCUGCUGGUGGUGGUGGUGGUGGCAAGACCGUAGUGGCGGAUGCAGGUGGUGCACGGGGAGAAGUGAGUGCGCGUGCUGGGACAGCGCCGGGUGCUGGGACAGCGCCGGGUGCUGGGACAGCGCCGGGUGCUGGGACAGCGCCGGGUGCAGCGCCUGGAACAACACAACCGGCAAAUGGCAGGAGUGGGGAGGGCGGAGAGGAAACUCGCAGGUUGGGCGGAGGUGACUCAGAUGCAUGGGAGGGAGAGGUACACGGGGAGAAGGACCAGUGUUCCGGUGAGGCGGGCGCAGGGGAGAUGAUUGAUGGGGGCUUCUCCGGCGGCGUCACGCAGGCUCGAGUCGAGGCGGUUGGUCAGAUGGGCGCAGAGACAGGCAGUGAUGGGCAGGGGCAGGGGCAAACGGGGCAGCUGCAGAACAAAGAGAUGGGGCAGGGGCAGAGGCAGGGGCGGAGGGCGAGGCAGGGGGAGUUUGAGACGCUGAGUGGAGUGGAGGCGGUGGAGAGCUGCAACAGCUGGGCGCGCAUCCAGGCACUCAUGGAGCGCCCCCCCCAGGCAGGCCCGCCCCCCGGCCACCUGCAGUGCACGCCUGCUGGGCCGCACAGCAGUGGUGGGGCUGCGGGCAGGGCGGGGGAGCAAGGCGGAGGUGAAGCACAGAGUGGGAUGGUGCGGCUGGUGGUGUCCGUUGAGGACACGGGGCACGGCAUACCGUGGCCGGCGCAGCCUCGUCUGUUUCGGCCGUACGUGCAGGCGGAUAUCAGCACGACGCGCACACACGGCGGCACGGGCAUCGGUCUGUCCAUCUCGCAGCACCUGGUGGCGCUGAUGGGCGGCAAGCUGGCGUUUGUGAGCCGGCCGGGCGUGGGCACCACCUUCUUCUUUGACAUCACGCUGCCCUUUGAGAACCCCCCAGACCCCUCCCAUGACGCCCCCGCCGCUGCUGCUCCUGCUGCCGCCAGCAAGAGAAGAAGUGCCCCCGCACUUGCCUCUCGUGUCUCUGACCUUCAGGGGUGCACAGCGGUGGUGCUGGACGACCGGGCUGUGAGGCGCGCCGUCACAGCCACGUAUCUGCGCCGCCUCAGGCUCAACGUGCUCCUCGCUCGCCGCUGGGAGGACCUCCCCCCACUCCCCGCCCUGCCACUGUCCCCCUCCCCUCCUGCCCCGCCUGCUCCUGCCACUCCCCCCCAAGCUACCCCAACCUCCUCGGGCCCACUGGCAGUGGUGGGCGUGGUGCCCCCUGCACUGCCAGGAGUGGCAGCAGCAUCGCUGGCGGGGCAUGAGAGUGGUGUGGCUCCCCCCUCACAUGCCGGGCCAUCUGUUGCCGCAGGAGUGACGGCAGGCGCAGCGAGCACAGCAGCAGGCAGUGCGGGUGGCGGCGGGGCGGGCCCCCCAGCGGGCAGUGCGUUCCUGCUGGUGGACGCUGAGACACUCGCCCGCCAUGCCCGCGCCUGGCGCCACUCAUUGCCCACGCCACCUGCGCGCACACAUGAGGGAAAGCGGGGCGAGGGGGGCGAGCCUGGGGUUGGAAUGGCAGGCUUGGGCACGGGCAGGGAUGGUGAUGGGGCGUGGGGGGAUGUUGCAGGGGCGGAGGCAGAGGCAGAGGCAGGGGCAGGUGUGGGGCGUGAUGGGGCAGGUGGAGUGGAGUGCGCAGCGCGCAUUGUGCGUGCAGGCAGCGAGAUGACACCCGUCCACCCGUCGUCGCCGGGGAGGGCAGGAGACGAGUCGCCACAGUUCUGUGGGCCCCUGGCAGCCUCUGACGGGGCUGCCACACCCGCCCUCGGCACACUGGCGUCUGCCACGCCCCCCUCCCCUGCUGGCAGCGUGGAGAGCCCCGACGGCAGCAGUGGCGCUGGCAGUGGCGCCAUGGCAGGUGGCGGCGGGGGAGGCAGUGGCGUGCUGACAAGCGCUGCUGCCAUGGCCACUGCUGCUGCCUUCUGGACCAGCCGACAGCAGCAACAGCCGGGGGGAGUGGAGGAACAGCAGCAACAAGAGCAAGGAGUGGGGGAGUGGCCACAGCAGCAACAGCGAUUGGGGGAACAGAGGCAACAGCAGCAAGAAGCACAUGAGAAGAAGCUGAGUUCACAGUGGCAGUCACAGCAGCAGGACCAGCAGGAGCAGGAGCAAGAGCAGCAGCAGCAACAUGUGAAGCAUUCACUUCCUGUGCAGCCGUUGCAACAGGAAAGUGGAGGGAGUGAGAGGGUUGAUGAGGAGCAUCGUGAUGCAGCGGGGGUUGGUGGGAGUAGUGCUCUAGCCAGUGCAGUUUCCAGGGGCACAGGCACAGGGACAGGCACAGGCACAGGUUCAGGCACGGAUGCGGACACGGGCACGGGGUUGAAGUUGAGUGCGGGUAUGGGUAUGGCCAUGGGCAAUGGCAUGGGCAUGGGCAUGGGUGCAUGGCGCAUGGUGCUGCUGGUGCGCGAGCCGAGCAUGGAGAGCGUGGCCGCCCAGGCGGGCUUCCACGCCACGCUGCUGAAACCCAUCCGCCGCGCCGCCCUCGUGGGCGCGCUGCUGCAGGCCGCCAAGCACGGCAGCGGCGGGGGCAGCAGCAGCAGUGCACAGGGCGCAGAGGGCGGGCAGGGCACCUUGGGUAGGCGAGGGGAAGGAGGAUCUGAAGGAAGGAGAGGGACAGAAGUGUCAAGUCCUGAUGAUUUCAGAGGCGUGAUGGGUGGGGAGCACGAAUACGUGGUUGUGGUGGACAACGGGGCAGAGGAUGCAUGUGGGGCAGAGGAUGCAUGUGGGGCAGAGGAUGCCUGUGGGGCAGAGGAUGCAUGUGGGGCAGGUGCAGGCGAAGCAGAGAGAGUGGAUGGAGGAGCAUCUGUGGAGUCAGACAUGGCUCUCUUCCCUGUCACGCUCACGGGAAGGAGCGGAAACAAGGAGAUGCAUCUGAAGCAGGUGGAGGCAGGAGAGAGGAGUGGUGGCGAGAGGAGAGUGGCGGUGGAAGGGCGGGGUGGCAGCAGUGCGGCGGUGGCGAGUCCCAGGGCGAGGAGGGUGGCUGAGCGUGCCCCACAGUCGCUGACUCAGAUGCUCACUGCAGUGCUGCAUGGCAAGCACUUUCUGGUGGUGGACGACAACAUGGUGAAUCGCAAGGUGAUAGCCAAGAUGCUGGAGCGAUACAAGGUGCACGUGGUGCCUGUCGUGGGGGGUGCUGUGGCCGUGGCCAAGGUGGUGCCGGGCCACGCCUUCCACUGCAUCCUCAUGGACGUCCAGAUGCCGGGUAUGGACGGAUUCGAAGCCACAAGGCAAAUUCGCAGGCAAGAAGCGAAGUACAGGCUCUCACAGACUCCGAUAUUUGCACUAACAGCGGACAUCUUUGCAGGGACUCGGGAGAAGUGCAUCGAGUCUGGCAUGAACGGCUUCUUGUCAAAGCCUAUAGAGGAGGAGCAGCUGUGGAACGUGAUUUACAAGUACUUUUGCCAUUUGACAGACUCUCUCUUUGUGGAAACGCCUCCAACAAUUAGUCCACCAUUUUAA